CCCGGAUGGCCUUCGAGCACCAGGGCAGGGAAAUGGCCAGAGUGCGGGCUGAGUGUGAUGCCCUUCUGAGGAACGCUAAAGGCAGGGCUGGCACUCUUCAAGAGAAAGCCGAUGCCUAUGAUAAGCUUGUUCAGGAGAAUGCCUCUCAGAAGGAGCUCCUUAAGAAGCAGGAGGCCGAGCUCGUGGAUCUUCGCGGCCGGAUGUGGGCCGUAGAGAAAGCCAAGGUGGAGCUUCGCCAGACGGGCAUGGACAAUCAUGUCCCUAUUUAUGAGGCCGAUGUUGCCAAAAUCAAGGAGUCUGGUUCCAUUGCCUUUCAGAAAUCCAAGGCUUAUACUGGCGCCAUCCACACCAUGGCCAUGAAGUUCCUCCCGCGGCUCGUCGGCGAGUUCCUGGCCACCUGCCCGGAUGCUUACCAAGAUGGGGUUAAAUUGCUCCAGGCCACCCCCACCGGACGUCGUUUCCUU